CAGGGAAAUACUUUACUUAGGUUUACCUACUUAUAAAGGAUUCAGAUGAAGAGUCAGAUGAAAAGGAUACAUUGGCAAAAUUUGGGGCAGGGUUAUCUCUAAAAUCUAUUCUUGAGUGCUAGGCUUGGUGGUACAGGUUUACACUCAGGAAGCAGAAGCAUCAGGAAUUCAAGGAUAUCCUCAGCUACAAAGCCAGUUUAACGACACCCUGGGUUAUUCAAGAUGACCCUGUCUCAAAAGGAGAACAAAAAUUAGAACAGCAUGGAAGUUCACUAAAUCUCUUUCUUUUUAUUGAAAAUAGAUUUCUCUCAUGCAAUAUAUCCAGACCAGUUUGCCCCUCCCUCCAUUCCUCUCAGCACUCCGCUCCCAGAUCCACUCCCUCUGUUUCCUCUUCAGAAAAAAGCAGGCCUCCAAGAGAUGACAGCCAAAUACAACAAAACAAGAUACAGUAAGAUAAGGUAAAAGUCUUUAUAUUGAGGUUGGACAAGGGAAUAUAAUAGAAGGUAAAGAGUUCCAAGAGCAGGCAAGAGUCAAAGAUACACCAGGUCCCACUGUUAGGAGCCCCACAAAACACUAAGUUAUCAGCUAUAACAUAUACACAAAGGAUCUGGUACAGAUCCAUGCACGCUGUGUGGUUGCUGCUUUAGUCUCUUUUGAGCCCAUUAUCCACAUGCUUUAUAGAAUGUAGUCUCUAAACUAGUUUAUCCACAGGUUGUUGGAUGGGACUGAAAAAUUUAACCCUCAAUCUUCUGUGAUGAUUCAUGUCUAUAAUUCCAGUGUAGAUAAGCUGAGAGUUCCAGACCGGUUUAGGCUGCAUAGUUAAGUGCCAGCCAGACUGGGUUAAAGUAAGACCCUGUUUUCCCAUUCUCUGCCUUCCCUCCCUCUAAGAAAGUUCCAGCCCUCUAAUUUUCUGAUCACUUCCUUAUUCUCUGGUGCUUAGCCUUAUCUGGUGCCUGUUUCUGGCCCCACCCUGAGCUACCUAAUUAGAAUAAAAUCAGUUAUGAUACAAAAAGGGAGGGUGAGGACACUGUCAUUCAUAUAAAAGAUAUUAUAACCCUCAAGAAAUGCCAAGGGUUUUAGGAAUUUGGUGGCAUGCUCUUAAGAUUACAAAGUACAACUCUGUCUCAAACAUUGAGUACAGGUAAAUCAAAAUUAAAUUAAGCCAGCCUGUGGGUUCAUGCCUUUAAUCUUAGCAUUUGGGAGGAGGGUCACAAGCUUAAGGCUAUAUAGUGAAACCUUCUGUCAAAACCAAAACCAGAAGGGAACUGAAAAACCUCUGAACUCCAGGCCUAACAGACUCUUUCAAAUGUCUGUCUAGGCGGUGUGCUGGUAGACCUUGAGGAAGGCUCAGGACCUGACCCUUCUGGUAUUUCUAUUGGCUCAGUGAACACUUUUCUGUUAGAUCUCUUGGUGUCCAGAGUUUAACAAUGAUGGCGCUAGAGCUCAGAAGUCAGUUGAUGUUGAAACCAGGAAAGCACAGGCCUGUAUCUUUUUCUUUUUCUUUUUCUUUUUCUUUUUCUUUUUCUUUUUCUUUUUCUUUUUCUUUUUCUUUUUCUUUCUUUCUUUCUUUUUUUUUUUUUUGGUUCUUUGUUUUUCUUCCUGCUUUGCAAAGUUGGCAAAGGACCCCUGUUUUUGUUUUUUCACUAGCUUAAGCUUGGGAACAUAUAACUUUAUUUGGUGUCCAUCUUCAACCUUCUUCCAGAGCUGAGGACCAAACCCAGGGUCUUGUGCUUGCUAGGCAAGUACUCUACCACGGAGCUAAAUGGCUAAGCCCAUAUUUGACUUUAUUACUAUUUUCCCAAGUAAAUAAAAUCUAUACAAUGACUGAGUAUAACGAUGGCAUAGUGGAUGAGUUUUAUCGGAUUAUUUUUUUCAGAAAUUAACAUUAAUGGGGACAAAUGGCAAUGAAGUGUAAUAAUAUAAAACGUAGUAUCUUGUAUGCUAAGCUAAAAAUUAAUUUACAAAGAAGAAAUUGUAAGCCCAAUAUAGAAUCAUUUCAUUAAACUCUGUCUCAAAAACCAACAUGAUGGUAGGUGUGAUGUCAUAUGCUUUUACACCUUUAAUCCCAGGGCUCGAGAGCCAGCUGGUCUACACAUCAAGUUGCAGGCUAGCCAGGGGAACACAGUGAGAGCCUGCCUCAAAAAAAGAGAAAAAAGAAAAAACACAACAAUGAAAACAGCAACAAAAGGCAACAUAGAUAAAUUAAAAAUCAGGUUACUGCGGCAAGUGUUAGGGCAUAAAGUUAGGAAGUAGAGAGAAUAGAGUUGCUUCCAGUUAAUAGGGAAGCUGGUCUACAUAGGGAGGUCCAGGCCAGGCAGGGUCACACGGGGAGGGGGUGGAGCCUCAAAUCAAGCAAACAAAUAAGCAAAAAUAAGACCAGGUUACAAGGUAAAGGUCAUACUUCAGUGAUUGGAUAUCUGCCCUGGUUGGAUUCCAUGCCUAGCACUACAAACCCCAGGUAAUUUUGAACACAUACACACAUAGAAUUGAAGGAAGAGAGGGAGGCAGGGUGUGGGGAAACAAGCUUGUGGGGGGCUGAAAAGAAGGAAGGAGAGAAAGAAGGUUGAAAUGAAGUCAAGCAGGUUCAUGCUACAGUCCAUGGUCCAUGGGAGGCUGAGGCAAAAACCCUGAUCUCCUUCUUUCUCUCAGACAGGAUCUCACUACCCCGCCCUUGAUGACCUUGAACUUCUGGCAAUCUUCCUGUUUCAGCCUUCUGAGUGCUGGCAUUACAGACACAAGCCACCAUGCCCACUCUCAACUCCAAUGCCCUCUUUUAAAAGAGAACAUUAAAAACAUAAAAAUUCUCUAUUGGGUGGGGUGUAGUGUCUGUAACCAGAAAAUUGGGAAGGAGAGUCCACAGAAUCAAGAUUUCCGGGCCACCCUUGGUUACAAAGUGAGUUCAAGGACUAAGUGUGCUAGCCCAUGCCCUUAAUCCCAGUCAGUAUUCAGAAGGCAGGACUUUAAAAGUUUAAGGACACCCUGGUACAAAUCUAAUUCCAGGCCAGAGAGCCAUCACUACAGUGAGAUACUCAAACAACAAUAGCAACAACAGCAAACCGCAGGAAAAGUAGAAAAUUUCAACUGGAUUUAUUGGUAUAGACCUGCAAUCCAACUCAGAAAGCCGAAGGGAAAGAACCAAAAAUCCAAGGCCCGCUUAGCUACAGAGUGAGUUCAAGACCAGCCUUAGCAAAUUGGUGAGUGCUUGCUUCAAAAUACAAGAUAGUUGGGGUGCUAACUCAGUGAUAAAGUGAUGGCCUGGCUUAGCCCUAGCCAAGCCCUAAACAGAACAGAAGAAAAAGUGGGAAGACUCUGGAUUAUUGUUCUGACACUGAGCAAGAAAACCAAUGAAUGAUCUAUUAUGUUUCCAGUAAACUGUAACCUUCCGAGUGCAGUAAAAGCAUUCAUUUUGUCUUCGUAUCCCAGGAGUCUGUUUUGGGGUCUUCAGCGUAGUACACACUUAAUAAAUGAGUGACAGCGAAUGGGCAGAGAUGGGGAGAAGAGGAUUGUGGCUCUCCCUUCUCCUUACUGUUCUAGCUCUCCUGGAGCACAUGAUGGCUCAUGUUCACCACCCACACAUACCCGUGAAUAAACCUGUGGGAUGUCACCUGGCUUGUGCUUGAAAGGGAAGUAGGUGAGAGACUUUCUGUACCAGGACUUCUGCCCUGACUGGGUCUGAGCCACUUGGCUCAGGCCUCCCUCACCACGCCUGUGAAAUCAAGCUGGAGGAGGUGUCCUUGAAGUCACUACAGUGCCAAUCUACUCGGCUCAGAUCUGUGAGAAUUUGCUUAUUGAGACGUGGCAAUGGAAGCUUUUUUUAGUAAAUUUACCACAUGAAGUGAGAAGCCCUAAGAUCACAGUCCCUUGUUUAGUUUCAAGUGAGCAUCCAGAGCUUCCUCAGAAUACAAUGCUGGUGAGCCUUAACAGAGUAUGCAAGGCACACUUAACUGCUUAUCGGAGCAGUGGGGAGACACAGGGACCAAGUGGAAUGUGACUGCACAUUUAUAUUAUUCCACUUCAUCUUUGAUGUCCCAUUACUAUGAUCAUGAAGAUAUAAGGGAACACAUGCAUUUUACUUUAACAGUACUAGGGACUGAACCUAGAGCCUUAUGCUAGCCAAAUGCUAGACAUCUCCAGCAUCUCUCCAGCAUUUUUUUUUUUUUUUUUUUGAGACAGGGUUUCAUUACGUAACGAAAACUGACUUGAACUAAGUAGUUAAGGCAGGACUUCAAUUUGAGGUCUUCCUCCUCAGGAGGUUUAGCCUCCCGAGUAGUUGGGAUGCAGGGCUGUGUUACUAGGUAGGCUAUGUGUAUUUUGUAGCCAGAAGAAGGAGGUAUAAAGGGUUAUAGGAAUAGGGAGAGAUUAUAAGCCUGAAGGAGCAAGUUGUACAGAACUGGACAAAAAUCAGAUGGGCUGAGGCUGGAUUACCUAAGGCAAUUUCUCAAAUCAUAUAAGCCCAAGGAAGCAGGGAAACAGGGAUUAAGUUCUAGUUUUGGUCUUAGUCUCAGUUAUGUCUCUGUGCCUUGGUUUCCUGAUUUGAAAUGACAGGUGGAUGAAACAGAGUGGCCUCAUUGAUUCUGAACCUGUUGAUUUUGGGAAGGGCUCUGCCAGAAGAAAUCCUCAAACCAAAUGUAAACCCCGGGCACAGCUAAUGCCAGUUUUGGACCCAUGGAGGAUUUAGUUCAAGGGGUGGGUAGGCUAAUCACAGGUCACUUUUGCUAGGAUUAAGGUAGAGGGAAGUUCAAGUUGUUGAAGCUGGCCUUUGGAGACUUCGGUUCUCACCUCUUUAAUACAGAUGUUUUCAGAGGGUCAAAGAGCUUAGUUUGAGCUUGGUGAUGUGCAAAUUCAGUGAGGGGCCUGGCCUCUGCCCGCUGUAUUCAUAGUCAUUGGAAACAAUAGCCUGCCGUUAUGUUCUCUCUAUUCCUUCGUAGGGACAGAAUCCCAUGAUAAGAAGUGUCUGACUGUUAUAUCCCCAGCCUGACUUUAAUGUCUACAUUAGACUCUUGUGGGCAUUUAUUAUGUGCAAAGGUUAUAUUAGGUACUUUUGUGACACACAAGAGUCCCCUUUGGACAGACACAAAAGCUAAGGCCUCAAGAAGUCCCCAAUACCCAAAUGUGUCCCGCUUGCUGGGCACUGCCUAUAACAGGUGUGUUAAGUACUGACUUUGUCUUUUGCUCAGUGUCAGUGGGAAUCGGAACUGGGAACUGGGGGCUAACUCUGAGGGCUAUCAUGGUGCUGGUUCCCCUUCUCAUAACCAAGGCAACUUUUUAUUUCAUAAAUAACAGAACAGGGCAUUGUCCCCUGCCGGUCUUUUCUGGGUGAGGAAUGCGCUUUUUAUAGCUUGGGAUCGGUUCUGUUUACUUGGUUUCUUCUAGCACCGGUUAUUCCUGCCUAGUUUUGUCCUUCACUGUCCUUUCUCUCUCUUCCUAGGUUUCCUCUCUGCAAACGACAACUCGAGAACACAUGCUGUUUGUGUGAGUGUGCCAACCAAGGAAUUUCACUCCCCUCCUUCUCCAAGGCUGCCUACCUCUCUAUAAAUAAUUGUUCUCUUCCCUCCCUUCAGACCUGGGAGUAGUUUGGUCACAUUAACGCACGCGCGCCUGCUCACACACUUUCGUGGGGCGGGGAUGUAGCAUGGGUGACCUUGUGAAGGUACUAGCCCACUGGGGAUAGGAUUAGCAAACCUGAAACCUCUGCAAAUAUCUGGCUUCCUCCGGCAUUCCUCCCGAGGCUUCUGGCUGUCUCGUGCCUACCUCACCCAGUACCCUUUAGGCUCGCUCCGCCACACAAAGCCCCAUCCGCCUAUCUCCUCUUCGCAAACCCCGAGAACUUCAUUCCGCACGUUGAAACUCGUCGGUGGCGGUGGCGGGUAGGACUGGGCAUGCUCAGUGGCGGGGACAGGUCUGGGAGGCGAGGAAGCCGCAUUUGAAGUGGCUCGGCCUUGGGAUGAGGGGGAGGCGGGCUCCCCGGCCGGGGUCCACCGAGGUUCCCGCAGCUGCGCGCGAUGCCGACACGCUGCGGGCGAGAGCAGCAAGCCCGGUGCGCGGGGCCCAGCUCGCCGAAGACGUGGGGACGCCGACGGGAGGAGGGGAGGAGCGCCGGGGCCACCAGCUCCCGACCGCGGCGCCGAGGCUGCGGGAGAGCAAGCCCCAGGGUGGAUCGGAAGAUCGGGGAACGGCCGACCGUGACCUCCAGCGAGGCUGCCAGAGCCGGAGCCCGCGCACCGCUCCGCCGGUCCCGGGCAUGGGCGACCGCGGCGCGCAACACGAGCGCGCGGCCCUGCAGUCCCCGGGGGCCCCCGAGGGCGCCGCGGCCGCCGUGAACGGGCUGCUGCACAACGGCUUCCACCCGUCGGCCGCCAGCAGCCGCGACCCGCCGGCCCCACGCUUCCAGCUCCCGUCCGAGCUGCAGCCGCAGCCGCUGUUCGCCCAGCAUGAUUCUCCGGCCAAGAAAUGCCGGCUGCGGAGGAGGAUGGACUCCGGGAGGAAGAACAGGCCGCGUAAGUCCUGCCGGCAGGGAAGCGCCGGUGCCCGCGGUCGAGGGGGGCGACAGAGUGCCGCUCUGGACUGCGUCCUCCCUAGAGGCGUCGGGCGUCCAAGGUGGCGGCCCGCGGUGGCGCCUGUCUAGUCCGAUCCGCCUACUGGGUCGGUCAGACACUAGCUGGAGCUGCUCCCUCGGUCACCGUAGCGGCUGGGAGAACGCACUGCCCGCUGUUAUUGGUGGCCGUGGGGCAAACAACCCGACUGAUCUUGGGUCUGGGACUAGGAGGAGGGCGGGCUGGCACAGCCCGGGGCUCACUGCUCCCUUCUCCGAGCACAUCUUUUGGGGCGUGCAUCUCAGGCUACCAGUUUGCCCUUUGAAUCGCAGAGUAACCGCCAGUAUCUAGGGCCCAUUGGCAAGCUUAAGGAGGCGUGGAGUUUGACAAUCCCCCAAAUCACAGCCUAUUAAACAGUGUUUCCACACAGCCAGUGAGACGGCUGGUGUAGAGGGAAACACCCACUGACACCAUGUGGGCCGGAACGGUGUGGACCAAUGAGGAUUGCAGGUGGAUUCCCCCCCUCCCCUUGGAGUGGGUCGAGUUGAGUGUUUGUAAUUGUACAACUCCAAAAAGUGCGUUGUUUCACAACCUGAGACUUGUAUAUAUAAUGGUAGACUGUAAAGGGUACCUUCCCCACCUGACAUUCUGGGAUGUCAGUUUGUAGGUAGAGAUUACGAGUUGUUUUGUUUUGUUUUGUUUUGUUGUUGUUGUUUUUUUUCCUUAUCUGAGCCUAACUCCAUUCAACUGGUUACCUCUUUGUGGGUGUCUUUAAUGAAGCUUGUAAAUGGCAGAAAGCAAACAUUCCCGUGGUUUGGUAUGGAUAUCGGUGGAACCCUGGUUAAGCUGGUUUACUUUGAACCGAAGGAUAUCACGGCAGAGGAAGAACAGGAAGAAGUGGAGAACCUGAAGAGCAUCCGGAAGUAUUUAACUUCUAACACUGCCUACGGCAAAACUGGGAUCCGGGACGUCCAUCUGGAACUGAAAAACCUGACCAUGUGUGGGCGCAAAGGGAACCUGCACUUCAUCCGCUUCCCGACCUGUGCCAUGCACUUGUUCAUCCAGAUGGGCAGCGAGAAGAACUUCUCCAGCCUCCACACCACCCUCUGUGCCACGGGAGGUGGGGCUUUCAAGUUUGAGGAGGACUUCCGAAUGAUUGCGGACCUGCAGCUGCAUAAACUGGAUGAGCUGGACUGUUUGAUUCAGGGCCUUCUUUACGUUGACUCGGUUGGCUUCAAUGGCAAGCCAGAAUGUUACUAUUUCGAAAACCCCACAAAUCCCGAGUUGUGUCAAAAAAAGCCAUACUGUUUGGAUAACCCGUACCCUAUGUUGCUGGUUAACAUGGGCUCAGGCGUCAGCAUCCUGGCAGUGUACUCCAAGGACAACUACAAAAGAGUGACGGGGACCAGCUUUGGCAACAUGAUGAGCAAAGAAAAGAGAGAGUCCAUCAGCAAAGAAGACCUCGCCCGGGCCACAUUGGUCACCAUCACCAACAACAUUGGCUCCAUUGCUCGGAUGUGUGCACUGAAUGAGAAUAUUGACAGAGUUGUGUUUGUUGGGAACUUUCUCAGAAUCAAUAUGGUCUCAAUGAAGUUGCUAGCAUAUGCCAUGGACUUUUGGUCUAAAGGACAGCUGAAAGCACUGUUUUUGGAACAUGAGGGUUAUUUUGGAGCUGUUGGGGCCCUGUUGGAACUGUUCAAAAUGACCGAUACACAGUAGAGGAACAGCCCCUCGUGCGGACAGAGGACUGACGGGCCUUGCCAGAGAAGGUGACAUCUCCGUGGGGCAGAAACCAAGCCACUAUGGUGGAUGAACCUGCUGUAUUUGUAAAUAACCUAAAAUCCUAGACCUUUUGCUCUUAGCUUUCAAGCUUAUGAUACAAAAUGGGGAAUAUAAGAAUUUUUUCUGUAUACUGUAUUUUUAAAAAAAAAAAAAACAAGAAAUUGUGCAGCGUGGCCAAACCUAACCAAUUUCAUGCAUUAACUUUGAAAACUUGUAUGAUGUUCAUUCAGAGGGGCCUGAAAUGAAAGCGCUGUCCAUUUUUCUUCUGGGGUUUACUGAUCAGUGUGGUAAUUUUAACUUCAUUUAGUAAUUACUCUAGGAGAUUUUGCCUUUACUUAUAUUUUUUCAUGACGUUUCAUGAUUUGCUGUUGGUUUCAAAUGAAACUACGAAUCUGGUAUGUUGCACUGUGAACACUUUGUUCUCUCUCUCUCUCUCAAAUCUUUUCUGUUGCAAUGUCUUAGGACAAAAAAAAAAGAAAAGAAAAGAAAAAAGGAUCCCCCCCUUCUGUUUUUGUUCCUCGUGAUUUCUCUCUUCUCUGUCUGUAUGCUUUUCUCAUUGUAAUUGCUCCUGUCAAUCAAGGUGCUGACCAACUCAACACAAAGUUAAACACAUAUCUGCAGUUCUAAACAUGUGACCCUGUGAGAAGACUUUAAACGAAGGGGUUAAUGAAAGUGGCGAACAUUGAACAUUGUGUGCAGUUUUAUCUUUGUCUUCUUACACCCCUCACCACUGUCAUGUCCCAUCGGAUUUACUUUACACUACACUGUAAUAGUCUGAGAUGACUUGCCCUCAUUUGCAUAUGCCGUAUGAAGGGCAGCAAACCCCUGUAUAAAUUUGGAGGGGCUCCCAUAGCUGAUCUGAUUGAUCACCCCAGACUCAGGGCAAAAGUACUGGGUCGAGAUAUCAGUUAGAAAUAAUGGUCUGUUUUAUAUAUGUUUGUACCUAGGAAGGGUGUAACGAGAUAUCCUAAGUAAUAAUGUUGAAGAUUGUUUCUUUUUCUUUUUCUUUUUUUCCUGAUUUCUGUUUUAGUAUUUAAACUGAGAUCGGUACUUUAUUUCAUUUCUAAAACUUUAAUAUAAUUUAUGAUACGCUCGCAUAUAUGGACAUUUCAUCCUGAGAGGUUUUCAUUAAGAUAGAUGGGUCACUUUCAAAUGAGGAUGUUGUACACACGCCGUAACAGGAGAUCUAGUGAUCUUUUGGAUCAAGGGUUCCCUUCCAAGGGCUUUUUGAAAGGCUACUCCUUGGUCAGUCUUCACCUCUCUACCUUGUGGAGCCCCGCUCUUCAUUUCCAUAUCCUUGAGUCUUGAAGAAGCUGAUGCUAAUGGAAGAAUUCACUUGUCUGGUUUAAAUAAAGCCGGUUUGUGUUGGGAUGUUCUUAGUGUACAUGUUAUUUUCAUUUCUUAUACCUCGUCUGUAUAUUUAUCUGUUUUACAUGUAAAGUAACUGUAUGUUGAUGUUGUGGUCGCUGCUGCUGUUUUCCUUUCUGCUACAUAGCUCGUAACAUGAGGCUUCCCCACAAGUGUGUGUGUGGGGGGGUCCAAACAGCCUUCAGCUAUGGCUGCAGGCCAGCAGAAGGAUUUCUAAAAAUUGUCCUUUAUUGCACUUUUAUUAUUGACUGCUUAAUGCCAAAAUACCACUGUGAUUUUUGGUGAUUCUGAACCAGUUUCAAUUUUUUUCUUGUUACAAAUACACUGUCAACCUCUACUUAGCUUUAAAAGAUUCACUCAACUACAGUGUUCUCGAAAGACAUUAUCUCUGUAUUAUCUACCCUAGUGCCUUUUAAUGGUCUCUCCUCCCUUCUUUAGUCUUUCAGGGGACAGCAGACCUGAGACCUGAAGGUCGUGGUCCUGCAAAGGAAACCAGGGCAAGUAACUGUGCCUAUAUGUUUAUUAAUCAUCUGAAAUCACUUGGUCUCUCCCUACCAACAUCCAGAAGCCUGGAGCUGGGUGUGAUGGUGCACAUUUGUAAUCCCAGCACAAAGGAGGCUAAAAUAAGAGUAUCAGUGUGAGGUCAAGGCUAGCCUGGGCUAUAUGGAGUUCCAGGCUAGUCUUCAUAUGCACCCCACACCACUCCCAUCCCACCCCGUUUAUUUCUUCCUCCCUCCACCCAUCUCAGUUCCUCAGUCUCUUCCUCCCUUUCUUUUCCUCUCCCUCUUUUAUUCACACACACACACACACACACACACACACACACACACACACACACACAUACACACCACACACCGUUGAUAUAGAUCAACAGUUCUCAGUCUAUGAAUUGUGAACCUUUUGGGAGUAAAUGACACCUUUGGGAGUCAGACAAGUCACUGGGGUAGCGUAUCAGAUAUCCUACAUAGCAGAUAUUUACAUUAAGAUUUAUAAUAGUCGCAACAUUACAGCUAUGAAGUAGCAACAACAAAUUUCAUGAUGAGGGGGAGGGGUCAUCACAACAUGAGGAGCUGUAAUAAAGGGUCACAGCAUUAGGAAGCUUGAAAACCACUGGUAUAGAUGAAGAAAUAAAUUUUCCAUUAAGUUAUCAACCCAGAGUGUUGGUUAUAUAGAGCUAACUUGUUUUUAUAAUGCCCUCAUUGUGUCCUGAAGAUUUUUCACACUUUUAAAAUGACUUUCCUUAGAUUCACCAUCACAAUGGAAUAUGACAAGAAUUAAAAACAAACAAACAAAUAAAAACCUUGUGCUAUGUGAAUCAGGAGAGUCAGACACUGAGGAGUGUGGCUUGCUAUUGUGAAAUAGCUCCGGUUCAGAUACAGCUUAGACAACGACUAACUGAAAACAAGUUGCCAAAAUUCUCUUUAAACUCAAGUUUGCUCACCUGUAAAAUACAGCAAAUAGUUUUACAUUCAUGUUUUAAUAUACAUUAAAAUGUGUCAUCUGUG